GGGCCCGCAAGACGCAGGUCGACAGGGUCUACGACGGACAGGCCCUCGGAGGGGGAUACGCGAGGGGGGGGCAGGGAGGACGCCGAUGCAAUCGGGGUGGAGGGGGAGGAAGGAGAGGGGCGACUGUGGUGGGCCGCUGCGGUGGAGGAGGAGGAAAGGAUUUGCUUGCAGAGGUUCAUGGCGGCACUGAAUAGGGAGGCGGCAUUUUUCCUGCUGGAUGCGCGCAAUGCCCUGCCCGCGCUGCGAAAAGCCCUGCGAGAGAGUGGGAUGACCGGCUCAACCUCCCCCUCUACCUCCUGUCCACCCUCCUCCUCGACCAGUCCGCUUUCAGGCCUGCUUUUGGCGCACUUGCUACGGGAAAAGACGCCUUUCAGCCAUGUGGGGCAAGUGUUGAUGACCAUGCUUUUCCGCGAGCCGUGGGUGCCCUCCCUGGCCCUCCUUCCCUCCCUCCGCACCCUGGUGGAUCGGAUCGAGCAGGGCGGGGAGGAAGAGGACAGGGUGGAAGAAAGCGAGGUCAGGCAACGCGCCCGGAGUUUGGUGCUGCAGCAAUUGCUCCAUGCCCCUUCCUCCCCCCUGCCCUCAACCUUGCCCUCCCCAGGCCUCCCCCAGGGCGUGGUUGACCUCCUGCGGUCCCUCCUCUUCAACGAGCUCCGAGGCCGCAAGAGGGGAUUUACCCUCCUUCCCUCCCUCCUCCCUCUCUUGGAUCACGGCCCGGCUUUGAGCCCCAGCCUCGUUCUGACCUUGGAGCAGGCGUCUUCGGAAUGGGCUAAAGACUGUUUGCCAGGGGAGGAACGGCUGCGGUGGUGGGAGUCCGUCUUCCAAGUCCUUGUUGAGGCGGAGGAAGAAGGGGAAGGAGGGGGGGAGGGGGGGGAGGAUGAAGUAUCUGUACAGGUACUUCGGACAGUGGCCUGCCGACUCUUGGAUGCGGAGGAGUUCAUGGAAGUCUUUGAAGGCAUGUUCUCCCUCCCAGGCGGUAGCAAGGACGUCGGCGGCCAUGAGGGUAGCCCUACCGGCGACGGUUCGCGGGGUAGCAACGGCAAGAAUGGGAAGCGGGGUACCCCCAGGAAAAAAACGAAUCCCAAAUCGCCGGAGGCUUUGGACACUGCCUGUGAUAUCCUCGACGAGGAGGCCAGGGGGGAGGAUGCAGGGGAGGGCGCGGGGGAGGGCGGGGCUGACCUGGAAAUAACCCCUCUCCUGAGCCUGGUCGAGGCCACCGCCAGCCUACACGUCCGCAGAUCAGCCGUAAAGCUUUUGGGACUCUUGGUCCGUCGCUUUCCGCGUCUCCGCGCCAAAGCCUUGGCGUAUUUGUUUGAUUGGAUCGGAACGGAUGCCCCUUGGGAGAGGGCUCCGUCUUUUUCCCUGCUUGUCCGGGUUUUGGAGCACGUGGUGCCCGCGGCCCUAGCUUCCUCCCCUGCGACGUCGUCCGAUCUUUUCACGAUUGCUCAUACCUUAACCUCUGCCCACGACCGGAUCCUCCCUUCCCGCCGCCUGCCCCUCUACCACGCCCUCCUUCGCUCACUGGGUGACUCCCGUCUGGCGUUCCUGCAAUUCCUCCUUCUCCUCCAGCACUGUGCAGCCCCGAAUACGGCGGGCAAGGGCGAGGAGGAGGACGGGACGGAGGCCCUGCUGGGUUUGACGGAGGCCUUGGCGGGGAAGGUCUCCGAGAUGCAAGAGUUGUUCAGCGCCGGCGACCUGCUCGAGAUGGGCCACGCCCUCCUUCGGUACCUUCUUGGCCGGCAAGAGGACGUCGAGGGGGAGGAGGCAACGGAGGGAGUGGUGGAGGACACGGGGGAAGAGGGGCGGGAGAGCCACUUUUGGGCUCCUUCUCCAUCGCAUUACCUCCUUCCCCUGCCAAACACGCGCCCGCUCUCUACCUCUAGGGAGAGGGGUAUAACGGUCAGCAUGCUGGCCAUGCUGAAGUACCAGGCCAAGGAGAUCCCCCAAGAUAAGAUCUGA